AUGGCCUUCAUGCUGAAGCGGCCGUUCGCCGUUACAGCGGCUCUCAAACAAGCUGCACCGCGCAGUGCCAACCUAGGCGCUCGAUUCCUUCACAAUGCGCCCGUCAAGGGCUCUCCAGCCGCCAAACCCUCAACACCUGCAUCUCCAUCUUCCAUCCUCGCGCGGUCACGACAGACUUUCCAGAAUGCCUUCCGUCGCACCUAUAUGCAACAGACCUACCGCGUGCCUAACCAAGGCGACCUGACGCAGAAGCUGCUCUAUGGUGCUGCCAUCGUCGGUGGCACUAUCUUGGCUACAAACCUGGUCUUCAACCGCGAGACUCGUGAAGAUGGCGGCAUGCCCGUCUACGAGAGACAAUACUUGAAUGAAACAUUUAUGCACACUGGUCUAGGACUUGGUAUCAUCGCUAUUGCUGCCCGCGCUUUACACACCAGUGGAUGGUCUAUUCGGUUGAUGUCCUCAAGCCCAUGGGCUGUUGUCGGCCUGGGUCUUGUUGCUAGUAUCGGCACUAUGUAUGGAACGAUGUACACUCCGCCUGAGAACUACAUGCUCAAAUACGCUCUGUGGACCGGUUUCAACGUGACUCAAGCUGCUCUGUUGUCACCUUUGAUGUUCUUGUCGCCCGCUCUGCUCGCCCGCGCUGGUCUCUACACAGUCGGUAUGAUGGGUUCGAUUGCUUUUGUGGGCGCCACUGCCAAGCAGGAGAAAUACCUCUACCUCGGCGCUCCUCUUCUCGCAGGUGUUGCUGUUGUCGCUCUUUCCGGCUUGGCUCCCCUCGUUCUCCCAGUUACUGCUACACGUACAUUGAUGUGGUCUGAGCGCAUCUGGCUGUACGGAGGGUUGGCUGUCUUCGGUGGCUUCACUCUCUAUGACAUCCAGCGAAUCCUGUACCACGCCCGUCUGGCCGAGCGAGGACUUGUCCGAAGGGACCCCGUUAACGAGAGUGUCAGCCUCGAGCUCGACUUCAUCAACAUCUUUGUUCGUAUGGUGCAGAUCUUGGGCAUGCAACGCAACAACCGACGAUAA